AUGAAUUUUGGCUAUGGAUGGGCUGCUCUCUUUUCUGUUCUUGUCAUUCUCAUUUUCCACUUCUCCAAAAGACUCUUCAGACUCUUGUCUUCUUCUUCUUCUUAUCCUCCUCCUCCUCCUAAACGGCAUCUCGUUUCUUCUCCUGCUGCCUCUACUACUGAUAUUGCCUCCUCUAAUUCCAGAAUUUCAGAGAUUGUUUCAGAAGCUGAUUUGAAGUUUUUGAUUGACAAUUUGGAUGAGAAGCUAACUGAGAAAUGGGAAAAUGUUAUAAAUAAGAGAAACAAUCUUCUAGCCUAUACUGCCAAAUGUUUCAAACCUAAGGAUGCUCCAAUAAAGUACGUGAGUGUGACUGUGUUUGAAAAUUGUACCACAGAGAUGCUUAGGGACUUCUACAUGGACAGUGACUACAGAAAGAAGUGGGAUAACACCAUAGUUGAGCAUGAGCAACUGCAGGUGGAUAGAACUAGUGGAAUUGAAAUUGGUCGCACAAUAAAGAAAUUCCCAUUCUUGACGCGAAGGGAAUACAUUUUAGGAUGGAGAUUGUGGGAAGGAAAAGAUAAAACAUUCUACUGCUUUAUUAAGGUAAUCAUCUACUGCAAUCAGUUUGAAAGCAUAACUUAG